UCAUGGGAAUAUUAUUAGUAGUAGUAGUAAAAGUGUAGAUAUUUGUUGCAUUGUUAGGGUGUUUAAUUUUUGGAUAUUGAUUCUUUAAAUCGAAAGAAAAAGGAAAAAGAGAAUAGAAGAUGAAUACAAGAGUCCGCAACACUCUUCAGUCCAUGAAAGCUCCUUUAAAUCUUGACGGGCACUACAAUAAAGAGAAGAUGGAGAAGAAUCAGGGAAGUAGAACACUUGGUACCGGCGAAGCAGUGACAAACAGGAGAAGAUCAAAUAGGGAAAGGGAAAUAGCCUUAUUACAAGAUGUUGAUAAGCUAAAAAUGAAGGUUAGACAUGAAGAGAAUGUGCAUAGAGCUUUGGAGAGAGCUUUUACUAGACCUUUAGGGGCACUUCCUCGGCUUCCUUCUUACCUACCUCCAUAUACACUAGAGUUACUUGCUGAGGUAGCUGUUUUGGAAGAGGAAGUUGUUAGGCUUGAAGAGCAAGUAGUGAAUUUUAGGCAAGGCCUUUAUCAAGAGGCUGUCUAUGCAUCUUCCAAGAGGAAUGUGGAGAAUUCGAAUCAAUUCACCGUUGAGCAGCCUUCGGCUCGAAGUACUAACCACCAGCGCUCAAAGUCUUCGUCUGUGAACGAGACGAGUCCGGUACAAACCAUUUCCAGAACUCAACCAUCUCUCUCUAGAAAUGUUUCAAGCAGAAAACUAUUGCCUCUGGAUACGGUUCACAAUCGAUCUGGGCAGUGCUUUAACAGGACGACAAAUGGGAGACAAGGUUCCACAAAAUUCAAUUCUGCUUCUGGAGAUGUCACAGGAAAAGAAAACCAAUCAUUUGGCAAUGCUUUGAAGGAUAAAAAAUCUCUGGAUAAGAAAGUUCCCAACAUUGUGACUCUGGUAAAGAGACUUCCAACCAAGCUUGAAUCAGCAGAAAAAUGUUUGAAUCCUCUUAAGGUGCAGCUAGAUGGUAGAUUAGCAAACCAGGAAAGUGAACAAGGAAGCCCUUCAAGUUCAUCAGAUGAUAAAAUGUCAGAAGCUGAUUUUACACCAAACAAAAUAUCUGAGGAUAUUGUAAGGUUCUUGUUUAGCAUUCUUGCAAGGGUAAUCUCACAAUCCCCCUUCCAAACGCAACCUUAUGGUAUCUGUUCAGAUUUUAAAAGUAGAGAUAUUGGCCCCUAUAAACAUCUUUGUGCAAUUGAAGCGAAAACCAUUGACCUAAACCAGUGUUCAAAUGCUUUGUUUCUAAAUCAUAAAGUAAAGUUUCUGCUCGAGAAGCUAGCCUCUGUCAAUUUAGAGGGUCUCAGCCACCAGCAGAAGCUUGCAUUUUGGAUAAACACUUAUAAUUCCUGCAUGAUGAAUGCAAUUUUGGAGCAUGGGGUUCCUGAGUUUCCUGAAACACUUAAAGCACUAAUGCAAAAGGCUACAAUAGUUGUGGGAGGACACUUGCUAAAUGCAAUAACAAUUGAGCAUUUUAUAUUAGGACUUCCUUUCCAUUUGAAAUUUACCUGUCCUAAAGCAGCCAAAAGUGAUGAGGUGAAAUCACGCAAUAUGUUCGGUCUCGAGUGGUCCGAACCCUUUGUUACAUUUGCUCUUGCAUGUGGAAGCUGGUCAUCUCCUGCUGUGAGAGUAUACACGGCGGCUGGUGUCAAAGAAGACUUGGAAACAGCAAAGAGAGACUACCUGCAGGCAGCAGUGGGGAUGUCGAGCACAAACGAAUUAAUAAUUCCAAAGCUUUUGGAUUGGUAUCUGCUGGACUUUGUAAAGGGUUUGGAAUCUUUGAUAGAUUUGGUUUGUCUGCAGCUGCCAGAUGAAGGGAGGAAGGAAGCAGUGAAAUGCUUGGAGAGAAAAGGGAAAGAGCCCCUUCCACAACUUGUGCAGCUAAUGCCAUAUGAUUUCACUUUCAGACUGCUUUUACACCGUUGAGAAUUAUAUUUUGAUGCAUUGGUUAGAAAAGGAGUUCGCGGAUUUGGGGUUGGUG